AUGACAGAGCGUCCUUUCAGGAAGAGGAAGAGACAGACAGAGAUCGAGAAUAAGAAGCGCCAGUUGGAAGAUGACCGCCGGCAGCUCCAGCACCUCAAGUCCAAGGCGCUAAGGGAGCGGUGGCUGCUGGACGGAGUCCCCUCUGGAGGUCCGGAGGAGGAUGCGGCCAAGAAACAGCUGCAGGAGGACGAGGCCAAGACGAGAGCGCUGGAGGAGACCAUAAACAGAGCCCUGGACACAACGGUGCACAUUGUGCUCCUACAUGAGCUCUGGCUGACCCCUACAUUCCACAGCACUCAAGACCAGCAGUCCUGGGGCGCGGUGGCAGCGGACAUCAAUCUCCGCAGGCAGCGGGCACUGCUUGGCGCUGGCCACUCCAUCGGCCUGAUUAAAUUCCUGCUGCCGCUCUCCUGGCAGUAUGCAGCGGGGGGAUGGCGUGCCACUGAGACGGGCACUGAGACGGGCACGGCUGAGAAUGAGCAGCGCCAGCCAGUGAUUGAGGUCAAAGUUCAGCAUAAAGUUCACCACAGCCCUCGUCUGGUGAAAUCCGGAGAUGGCUCUGAGAUGAUGAGAGCAGCGAUGUACUCAGUAGAGAUCACCGUGGAGCGGGACAGGGUGACGGGCGAGACCAAAGUGCUGUCCAGUAACACUGUGCUGCCCAAAGACCUCCUGCAUGGGGUCAAGGUUUAUGAGGACGCUCAGAAAGUGGUCCAUGAGGUCCGUGAGGUGGACGGGGUAGUGGUGGCCAACGGCGUCCAUCAGCUCAGUUCCUCGGAGGUGGAGGAGCUCAUUCUGAAGGCAGACGAGGUCGUCCUGAGUCCCAAAGCCGACGCCUCCCCCACCCCCACCCCCACCCCCACCCCCACCCCUAUCCCUACCCCCGGGGUCGAGGUCGAGGCAGGCGGCUCGCCCAUGAUGGAGAUCAGGGGCAUGGAGACCAUGCGGGACGGGGGCGGUCCGGAGGUGGUUGCCGUGGGCAACGUGAGCGCGGAGAACCCCGUCACCAUGGUGUUCAUGGGCUACCAGAGUGUGGAGGACGAGGCCGAGACCAACAAGGUCCUGGGGCUGGAGGGGGCAGUGAAGGCCGAGCUCGUGGUCAUCGAGGACGGCGAGAACAAAGCCGCCGCCGGCGCCACCACCUCCGGCACUGCGUCCGCCGAGGCCGAGCAGAGCAAGGAGACCGCCCCCGAGCAGGCUCCGCCCAACGGCAGCACGGCAGAGCCAAUCAAAACCCCCGAGGAGAGGGAGGGGGCGGAUAAGGGAGGAGCCGAGGCCACAGGGGCGGAGCUUAACAACAAGGAGAAGCAGCCGUGCAAGUGCUGCGUGAUCAUGUGAUCAGUUGCAACGUCAUGUGAUCGGCUGCGUGAUCAUGUGAUCAGUUUGUGUGAUCAUGUGAUCACAAGGGACUCCGACCCCUACUAGCCACUGACUUUUCGUGAAAUAAAAAAAAACCAACAGCCACAAACAAACAUACAUACAAACAAACAAGCAAACAUAAACACCGCAACAACAACAACAACAACAACAGCAACAACACAAGAAAAUCAAAUAAUAAAUGUUCUGUAUCUUUUGAUAGAAAGCCGUUCCCUACUUUAUUUUCUUUUUUCUAUUUCUGACCCCUCCUGACCUUUGUCAUUUCUCUUUCUCUGUUCUAUGGUUUUCCUUUUCUAGUGCUGUGUCCUUUUUUCAGAUGUUGUUAGCCCCUGUCAUCGCUGCCUCCUGGCGUCUCUACUCUGAUAUGGAAAGGUCAGAGGUUAAAGAGGGAGACAUAAAGCGAGAUGACCUCCCUGGUCUCUCAGGCAUAAAGUGAGAUGACCGCCCUGGUCUCUUAGACAUGAUCUUUGUUCCCCAAUGAACCUUUCGUGGGUUUUAAAAUCAACAUCUCUUAUACACAGCCAGUUUUGUAGUCUUACUUCACUCCAAUGAAGGACAUAAAUAUCUCUAUAUAACUAUAUAAUAUAUAGAUAUCAUUUAUUUUGAAAUAUAUAUUUAUUUGAAUUUUGUUUUUCUUUUGGAACGAGUCCAUUAAUGUUUUCUGUUUUGUGUUUUUGCCCUUCUGCAGCAGCAUGCUAAAGAGUGUGUGUACUCUCGCUGGUGAAGAGUGUGUGUGUUUAAUCUCACUGGUGAAGUGUGUGGGUGUGUAAUCUCACUGGUGAAGUGUGUGUGUGUGUGUAAUCUCGUUGCUUUUUGACCUGUCAACUCUCCUGUUCCUCAGAACAGCAACUGGCAACUGAAAGAUAGGAAACCGUAUGUGUGUGAGAGAGAGUGUGUGAGGGUGUGUGUGUGUGUCAGAGUGUUUAAGGGGGUGGGAUUGUUACUCUUGCAAAAUGUGAUAUUAUAUUUAUGAUGGGAGCUGUGAGAGAACCCUUUUUUUCUUUUCUUUUUUUUUGGGGGGCGGGGGUUGUGUUUUCCAGGGAGGCGAGUAAAACACGGUGUGAGUUGCGAGCUGUAGGCUUGUGCAACAUGAAUCAAUCUUUCAGCUGAUCUUUCAAAGAGCUUCAGAUCAAAGGGUUUAGACUUCAGCAGAGAGAGAGAGUGUGUGUGUGUGUGUGUGUGCGUGUGUGUGCGUGGGCACGUGUGUGUGUGUGCGUGCGUGCGUGCGUGCAUCUCAGUCUCAUCCAUUGACUUCAUUCUUCUGCGUCAGUCAGUCCCUCCGACAGACAGUCACACACACACUCUCACUCAGUCACUCACUCACUCAUACAGAUGCACUCUCACUACACACACACACACACAAACACAGAGAGAGA